AUGGGAAUGGUAGCUCCUGCUUGUAAUAAGCACCCCGUUAUCUUGAUCUUAACAGCCAUGAUUUGGACGCAGUGGAUGCAUUCAGUGACUUCUCAGCAAACAGUCGUAUCAACGCCUGAAAAUCUAUCCGUCAAAGAAGGAGAUACAGUGUUAUUAGUUUGCAGUUACGAGCCUAAGACGGAUGAAUUCUAUUUUGGCUCUGUCGCAUGGCAAAUGGGUUCAAGUGUGUUAGCAGCGUACAGUUGUCCUAAUGCUUGCAGCAGAACGAACCAAAAUUCAGACAAAUAUUUGUUGGACAUUGAUUUAAUUUCAAGCGGCAAUUUAACAAUCAGAGAUGUCUCUUUAGAGGAUGACAAUGUGUAUGAUUGUAGAGUUGCCACUUUCUAUGGAGAUGCUGGGAGCCUUUCCCGCCUCAUUGUAUAUGUUCCACCUGUAAGCAUAGAACUCUCGGACACAAUGACAUCUGUUGGCCACGGACAAGGCGUUGUCGUGCCCGUCCUGUCUGGCCAAACGCACACCUUCACCUGCACAACUCAACCCGGUGCCAACCCUCCUGCAGACAUCGAGUGGACGUCCACCACCGCUCGUAUCACCCAGGAUGAUACGGUUGACCAGCCAGUGACCGGUAGUAAGCUGACGAUGUCCAGUAGAGAGGUGACCUUAAUUCCAUCGAUGGCUGACCAUCUGACAGCGGUCACGUGUGAAGCGACACAUCCUGCUCUCGUGACACCGUUGACCAAAUUCAUUCAGCUUGAUGUACAAGUGCCACCAACGAAUGUGACCAUCGCUCUCAAUUCCGCCAUCAUUUCUGACGGUGGAACACUAACCCUUGAUGAAGGCACCAAGAACAUCAUCACCUGCAGGAGCAUUGGAACAAGACCCGCCUCUGCUAUCACAUGGUACCUCGAUGGGGUGCAAGUGGCGUCCGGGAUCGGUAGACCGGUGUUUACCCCGAACGCCAACGACAUUCGGUUACAGGAUGCGUCAAGUAACAUCAUCAUCCAACCUUCUAGAGAACAUCAUGGGCAGGUUCUACGCUGCCAAGCAACCACCUCUGGCAUCAGCCGUGACGUUGGUAUUAGACUCUCCGUCGAUGGUCCACCUGACCAACCAGUUAUCAGUGAUAUCCCAGACGCCAUCAAUGAAAACCAGGAAACCUCUAUCACUUGCGAAGCCGACAACGGACACCCAUCCCCCUCAAUUCAAUGGUUCAUUGGGACCAGGAACCUCAGUGCGGAUGCAACGCUUCAGGUAUCCGCAGACGCCGAGAACCGUAUCGAUGUCUUGAGUCAAUUGCGAUACCUGCCUCUGAGGGAGGACAACGGCCUGAUGUUGCAGUGCAGUGUCAUCCAUGAUCAGCUCUCGCAACCGAUGAGAGUGACAAGUGGUAAACUAGUGGUCAAUUACUGUCCAGCGAUCGUUGAAGUGACCGUUUGUCCUGAGGUUAAGGAGGGGUCUUCGGAGGUCAUGGUUUGUCGAUCGGGGCCCACCAAUCCUGCGGCUAAUCUAGUCUGGAUCGAAGGAGAUGAAACCAUUUAUGAGCCAAACUACCUGCAGACCCACUUUGAGGAAAGCUCCGCACCAUUAGGAUCCCGGACCACUCUUAGUUACACGAGAAACUUCACCCGACAAGACCACAGACAGGACUUCAAGUGUUGUACCGCUGUCGGUCCAUCAUGUAAUUCUACCGUCUGCUCAGAACCUUGCGUUCCUGAUGUCAAAUUUCCACCAGAAGAACCCAUCAUCUCCAGAAGCAUAACUGCCCGCCAAGUUUUCGAGGGCGUUGCGGACCUAGAAUUCACCUGUCGAGCCGAAGGCAACCCCAGACCGGCUCUGACCUGGAUGAUGACCGACAACGAAGGUUUGAUGCUUGACCAGAUGACCAAAGAGGAUGGCUCACAGCUAUUAAGGUUCAGGGUUGUAAGAAGACACCAUGCAGGGGUGUACAGAUGCAUCGCUAAUAACGACCUUCCACCAAUGAGCAGCAAUUAUGAACAACUUGUCGUGAUAUUUACGCCCACCUUUCUAAGCAAUGACAACUUCCGGGAAACGGCCGACGAGGGUCAAAAUGCCACUCUAGUCUGUGUCAUAAAGGCCAACCCAAGCCCUCGUGUCAACUGGGAGAGACUCGGAAACCAUUCCGCACAGCUCUUUGACAGGACGCUGGUGGUGAAUAAUGUGGUGAACAGUGAUUAUGAGAGCACAGUCACGAGUACCUUGACCAUUUUCGAUGUGCAGCCCGACAUCGAUCACGGUAAUUACAGGUGCACGGCACUUAACGUCUACGGAAGAGUUGAAGCCGUCAUUAAUCUCAACGCAACAUCUAUUCCUGACCCCCCUUCUCAGCUGUUCGUCGAGCUCAAUCAGACUACAUCUUCGACCCUCUUCGUGACUUGGCAACCCGGUUUUGAUGGUGGACACCGUCAAGGAUUCACUCUGCAGUACUGUCCAAACAACACGCAAAUGGAUGAGGCUGGUUGUGGUAUACUCGUCAAUCUGACAGGGACUUCGUGCAGGCUGGUUGGGCUACACCCAUCCACUUGGUACCGGUUGACCAUGUGGGCAGUCAAUAGAUUGGGCACCAGCAGUGCAGUAGAAACCUUCGCUUCCACAAGUGGUAAGUUCCUUCAGAAGUGA